ACAGACGCAUCUAAUAUUUAUCUCAAACCUGCUACGCCUGGGACUGGGGAGCUGUCAUCUGCCGGAGCUGAUUAUGCAUGCAGUGGCAGCAGAGCCUGAUUGGGUGUAGUAGGACCUAAGGCGACGGGGAGAGGGAGUGGGGAGAGAGUUGGGCUUGCAGCACCGAAAUGUAAACAGUGGGAAGGCAGACGGACGGAGUGUAACGCCUUUCGGCAGCGAGCAGCGCACUGCACGCGCUAAGGGCAGCGCACCUCUCACCCAUCUAGCCGAGCCCGGCUGGAUGAAGAGAAGCGGCAGCUCCAGUGGAUCUCCUCCUGCCUGUGGAUAUAAAUAGGGGGCAAUUGGGAUGUGCUAGCUUCCUCCUGUGCUGCAGCUCCGCUGUGCUCCACACCGGAGCUCAGACGGGGCAAUGGAAAUGAACAUGAAGAAGUUCACGGUGCGGCGGUUCUUCUCCGUCUAUCUCCGCAAGAAGUCUCGGUCGAAGAGCUCGAGCCUAAGUAGAUUUGAGGAAGAAGGUAUAGUGAAGGAAAUAGACAUCAGUCAUCAUGUGAAGGAAGGUUUUGAAAAAGCAGAUCCUUCUCAGUUUGAGCUGCUGAAAGUAUUAGGACAAGGUUCAUAUGGAAAGGUAUUUCUAGUGAGGAAGAUUAAAGGAUCUGAUGCAGGUCAGCUUUAUGCUAUGAAGGUACUUAAGAAAGCAACUCUGAAAGUUCGGGAUCGGGUACGGUCAAAAAUGGAGAGAGAUAUUUUGGCAGAAGUGAAUCAUCCUUUCAUAGUCAAGCUUCAUUAUGCAUUUCAAACAGAGGGGAAGUUGUAUCUAAUACUAGAUUUCCUGCGGGGAGGGGACCUUUUCACAAGACUCUCCAAAGAGGUGAUGUUUACAGAAGAGGAUGUCAAGUUCUACUUAGCUGAGCUGGCCCUGGCUUUAGACCACCUCCAUGGGCUUGGAAUUAUUUACAGGGAUCUGAAACCAGAAAACAUUCUUCUUGAUGAAGAGGGACACAUUAAGAUAACAGAUUUUGGUCUAAGUAAAGAAGCCAUCGACCAUGACAAGAGAGCAUAUUCAUUCUGUGGGACAAUAGAGUAUAUGGCCCCAGAGGUGGUCAACCGCCGAGGACACACGCAGAGUGCUGACUGGUGGUCUUUCGGCGUGCUCAUGUUUGAGAUGCUGACAGGAUCAUUACCGUUCCAGGGUAAAGACAGAAAAGAGACAAUGGCUCUUAUUCUCAAAGCCAAGCUGGGAAUGCCACAGUUCUUGAGCAUAGAAGCCCAGAGCCUGCUGCGAGCCCUCUUCAAAAGGAACCCAUCCAACAGAUUAGGUGCUGGAUUCGAUGGAGUGGAAGAAAUUAAACGUCACCCUUUCUUUGUUACUAUAGACUGGAAUAAACUAUACAGGAAAGAAAUCAAGCCACCUUUCAAGCCUGCAGUGGGACGGCCAGAAGACACCUUUCAUUUUGAUCCAGAGUUCACAUCUCGGACCCCCACAGAUUCCCCAGGUGUUCCUCCAAGUGCCAAUGCUCAUCAUCUUUUCAGAGGGUUCAGCUUUGUUGCCUCUAACUUGGUACAGGAGCCUGCACAGCAAGAUGUGCACAAAAUCACUGUUCAUCCAAUUGUGCAGCAAUUACAUGGGAACAAUAUUCACUUUACAGAUGGAUAUGAGAUCAAGGAGGACAUAGGAAUUGGCUCCUAUUCAGUGUGCAAGAGAUGUGUUCAUAAAGCAACAGAAACAGAGUUUGCGGUGAAGAUAAUUGAUAAGAGUAAGAGAGACCCCUCUGAAGAAAUUGAGAUUCUCUUGCGAUAUGGACAGCAUCCAAACAUCAUUACUCUUAAAGAUGUAUAUGAUGAUGGGAAAUAUGUGUACCUGGUGAUGGAGCUGAUGAGGGGAGGCGAGCUCCUGGACCGCAUUCUUCGGCAGAAGUGUUUCUCAGAACGAGAGGCCAGCGCCGUGCUGUGCACCAUCACCAGGACUGUGGACUACCUGCACUCCCAGGGUGUGGUGCACCGAGAUUUGAAGCCAAGUAAUAUCCUCUACAUGGAUGAGUCAGGAAACCCAGACUCCAUCAGGAUCUGUGACUUCGGCUUUGCCAAGCAACUGAGAGCGGAGAACGGGCUGCUCAUGACUCCCUGCUACACCGCCAACUUUGUCGCCCCUGAGGUCCUUAAACGCCAAGGUUACGAUGCAGCCUGUGACAUCUGGAGCUUGGGGAUCCUGUUGUACACCAUGUUGGCAGGGUUCACUCCUUUUGCAAAUGGACCAGAUGAUACCCCAGAGGAGAUUCUGGCCAGGAUUGGCAGUGGCAAAUAUGCACUUACAGGAGGAAACUGGGAUUCAGUAUCUGACACUGCAAAGGACAUUGUGUCUAAGAUGCUUCACGUAGACCCUCAUCAGCGCCUCACGGCAGUUCAAGUGUUAAGACAUCCGUGGAUAGUGAACAGGGAGUACCUGUCUCAAAACCAACUCAGCAGACAGGACGUUCACCUGGUGAAGGGUGCAAUGGCAGCCACUUACUUCGCUUUAAACCGAACACCUCAGGCACCAAGGCUGGAGCCUGUAUUGUCCUCCAAUCUGGCUCAGCGGAGGGGCAUGAAAAGACUUACCUCAACCAGGUUGUAGCAGUACCCCAAGAGGCCUCUUUGGAAACUCACAGUUUAUUAUUCAACAGAUUCAUCUUUACUUGGUUAGUAGAACUUUUUUGGACACCUUGCAUACGAAAUCACCAGAACUAGCAGAAGCCCAGCAUAAGGCAAAGUUUGCCUUUGCUCCAUUAUUUCUUUUACAUUCCAGCCAGGAUCCUGAGUUUAACAACUUCACGAAGAUGUGCCAACUUUGCUGGUAGCUCUGUUUCCUUACUGAGAUAAAGCCAAAUAAAGUAGACGUGCUCCAUCCUUCCCCCCCUAGGAAAUACUAUUUUUGAGUCUUGAAGAUGUUCCAUGGGAGCAUAGUUUUCAUUUUGUUUCUCAAGAAAAGCACUUUUUGUAAUGAAGACGCAGUCAGGUUUGAAUGUUCUCAACGGUUCCUUCAGGCAUCAUGACGAAGUGGCUUGGCUGGUCACCCCUAAAUACCUACUGAUCUCCACUCGCUCCAGGAAGAGUGAAGGCUGCAGAGACACAUGGAUGAUAUCUUACUUGAAAUAAGUGCUAUAUGACAUGAAGGAGAGCGAGCUGCCGGUGGUGGAAAUACCCUCUGAUUUCAAGAAAUCUUUUGCACUUUGCACCUGCUCUCUCUGGAAGAAAGUCAGCACUGCUUGAGGAGGAGCGCGUGCCGUGAGCUUGACUUACUUGGAGGCCUGGCCCACCAAGAGCAGAAAGUGUCUGAGGAACUUGGUCCUCCAAGGAGAUUGUGGGUGUCAUGAGACUGUGGGAAAGCAUUCAUGUAAAACAGUGGGAGUGGGAGCCUGUGGGUCAGGGGACACAAGGGUAUCUGGUCUUGGCUAGCAAGGACGAGAACAGCAGGCAAAGCCACCCACGGCAGUGUGAUGGGGAGCACUGUUUGAGGGAGCUGACGUGCAGGUGCUUCGGAGGCUGACCAGGGUUCCCUCUGAGGGAAGGGAAUGGUCCCCCACUUGGGGGUGGUCCAGAAGAGGGUCUGUGGGUGCCUGGGCUGCAGAGGGGCUGGGCAGUGUGGUGCAGCUGCCCUCCCAUAGUGCUGAUCCUGCUCUGGGCCUCCUCCAGUGCCCCGCUCCCUGCCCCUCCUGCCCACGGGCGGUGCCCGUUUCUGAGGGGCCCAGCCAACUCUGUCACGAGCUUUAAUAACAGUACAUUAUGAGGAGAAACAGGAGGAUGCUGUGCUUUUAUAUUUAUAUAAAUAUAUACACGUGUAUUUAUAUAUAUAUAAAAAAAGAAUCUGUACCUAAUACCUGGAUUUUUCAGGUUCACAGAAAGAAAACUUGUUUGAAAGGAUCUCAGCAAAAUGGACCUUUUUUUCUCAUUCCCUGAGCUAUUUUUUUUAUUAUUUUUCUUAUCCAUUGUGGCAUAUGGUGGUCACGAGCUGACCAAGAUUCUUCUUUGUACUGCAUUUGUUAAUUUUUGUUUUCCGAGUGAAUUUGUCACCUCAGAUGCUUUGUGGGAGAAGCUAAUGUGCUGUGUUGGCUUUUUUUCUGUUGUGAAGGUGGGGGGAAAAAAAGGAAAAAUGUGAACAUGGAGCUUCGUAUGCUAGAGAUGGCAAUUUUCCUUGCUGGGUAGUUUGUGCACUGUGGUGCCAAACUGGAAUUUCCAGACCAUGGCAUUGGUGUCCAAGGGAACGAGGAGUUGCAUUUGCUAUAGCAAUAUGCUCCCUAAAACAAUCUGUGUUCCAGUGUUGACUGAACUUUGUUUGUUUGCAUUAGUCUAUUUUUAAAUUUAAAUUUAUUCUUAAUAAUUUAAACCAAUAUUUAAUGUUCAGGUUUAUGUGCUGUGCACACAGGAAUGCUGCAAAGCAGCUCUCCUUGAAGCCCUUCUCUUUUCUAGAAUAAACAAUGCUGUGAAACUUCACAGAGAGGAUGAAUUGGCUUGAAUUGGAGUGUGUGAACAUGCGCAGGUGUGUCUAUGUUUAUCUACACAGCAGCAGAGAAUAAUAUACCUUAACUGGCUAAGCUACCCUGGCUAAGCUGUGCUCAGUAUCAGCUUUUUGCUGCCUUUACACUUUUCCUCUCACUGGAAGCUAAUUAAGUCUCACGUACUUCUGCUGUCAGCACACUGAGAGGUGAGUCUGCAGGCAGGGGAUGUCCUGGCUCGUGCAAAAAUGCUCUGGCCAGGUCCCUGGAAGUGAUUUCUGUCCCAGAGGAAGGCAAGAUGGGCACAAGGAUGCUAAGGGCAAUCUGGAGGGAGGGCUGGAUGUUCUGGUGUCCCAGUUGAUUUGUGCUGUUUCAACAAAAUGUCUUUUAAUGUGUAAUUGUAUGUGGGCAGAAAGAGUGUUGUAAAUAUUAGGUACAGUUUUUGUCUCCCCUGGAGAUUUCCUGGUCAUCUUUCAUUGGUUCACUUUGGUUUCUCUUCACAGUCGUUGGAAACAGUUUGAUCCCCUCUUGAUAUUUAUUCAGUCCUAGGUUUUUGAGCUUUUUUUUUUUUUUUUUAAUCUGAAUAUUGUUGUAGGCCAAGCUUAGAGGAUGCAGGUCUUCCAGAAACUUGAUGGUUUGAAUCUGUUCCUGGUCUAGCUCUUUGAACCCACCAUCUAUAUCCCUAUUAAUCAUACAAGGUUUGGGCUGUGUACAGAAUGAUAUAUUUUGAUGUUCUUUAAUUACUUUCCUUUAAAGGCCCAUAAAUUACAUAUACUGGUUUUUGAUUACCAGGAUUUUGUUGCCAGUGCAUCCAGAUGUAUGCAUGUGUGUGCAUACAUGUAAAUACACAAAAACAUGCUAUCUCAGCUUGUCCAAAUGAGAAGAAUACCAGUGUAGUCGGUGCUUGAAGAGAUACUCAGAGGAGUUGGGUCUGUGGUGUUGAAAAUCUGACACAAAAACAGCAGUAGUUGCUCUGGGCGUGGACAGGCAUGUGGCUCAGCAAGCAGCUCUGCCCACUGAUGAAGUUGUUGUGUGGGACCUCCCCUUCACCCCAGCUAUGCAUCCCAGCAGGUCACCCCACACACAGGCUUGCUACUGGAGGUGCUCUUGUGAGGGUUUUUCUGACCUGUUUCCGUCAAAAUGAACCCAAUUAAUCCAUUUCCACAGUUGUUCUGGCUGAUGCAACUCACUUGGACUGAAAUACAAGAGCCUCUGUCAGCAAAUUGAAGGCACAGUCACUCCUGCUGGCUUGCACUCAUUAUUUCAGACUGAUAGCAGCUGCCACUUCCCCCAGCCCAGCUGCAUCCAGGGGAAGAUGCAUGGCCAGGACCUAACUGCUUUAUACCAGCAUCUCUUUUCCAGGCACCUUGCUACAGUACGCUCAGCAAUAAGCAUUUAUUCUUUCUAGGAGAAAACAACUGAAAAAGGCUUAGCCUCUCUCUCUCUCCCUCUCCCUCUUCCUCUCCCUCUCCCUCUCUCUCUCUCUCUCUCUCUCUCUAUAUAUAUAUAUAUAUAAUAUUUAAUCUUAAGGGACUUUUACUAAAUGCUGUGCUUAACUCCUGAAAGUCUAAAAAUCUCUUUGAAUUAGAUAACACCAUCUUGCAGGUUAUUAGUCCACAAAGCAACUUAGUGCCUUAGGCUAUUAUAAAUAGUACAGUUCAAUUUUCAAACCAUCAAAGUGCAUAAAGCAGUGACAGUCCAAGCCAUCCUCACUGUGUCUGUCACAGACAGUCAGCUCUUCUGGAGAGGUACUUCACAAGCUGUCCUUCAGCUUACUAGAGUGGAGUCUGUCCAGCAGGGAGAGGGCAUCUCCUCACAUUUUGUAGAGCUGGGUCCCGCCCCUGCAGCUCCAGGACUUUGACGAAGCUAAAUGGCCCUAAGACACAGGGAAGAGUUGCCCCGUUUCCUACACGGCACCGCAGCUUGUGUAUAUGGAGAGGUGUGGGAGAUGCUGCUCAAAGGGAGGGCUGCCCUCACCCUGAGUCCCUCAUGAAUUUUUACUUGUUUAAAAUCUGAUUAUUUUUUUUCCAGCAAGUUUUAACAGCAGAUAGCAUUUAUAAAGCCCGACUUUUUCAUCAGAACACAAAUAGCCCCACAGACACUUUGUAAUCAAUCUCUGCAUCUGAAAGAAAAAAAAAAAGCCAUCUGACAAUAGAUUCUGGUUUUCAUCUGAAGAAAACCGGCUUCAACAGAUACCCAGUCCCUGUCCCGGGGCAUGGGGCUGACCCAGGCAUGGGGUACUGGGAGGAUGGAUCAGUGCGUGUCGCGCUUCCCCAAAGCACAGAUCACGUGUCCCUGUGCUUCACCUAGCACUGCGUGCAGCACCAAGGCUGUUUUCAGCUGGACUUAUGGCUGAACAAUUUUCAGACUGAGUUUGAAAUGUAUAAUAAAUCUGUUGGCCUAAAGGGUAGAUCAGACUCUAUUAGGAAUCAAUGUGUGAAUCUUUAAGGCACAGAGAAAGGACAAAAAAUCUGUUUGCCUGCGUAGUGCUGUGCCCCAGCACAAGGACUGAAAACUCGUACCGGGCACUGGUACAGCUCAGUAAAGGCAGUUGCUGUGUCUAUGACAUGAGUUAUGGUCAGGCUCAGAUCAUCCCCUAAACCACUCCUGUGUGCAGUUUCGCGUGCCACAAGGGUUUCUUAUGCCACCGGUCCCCAGAGCUGCAGCCAGUGCAUGCCAGUGCUGAGGCUAAAAAAAGCCAGUCACUCUCUCUUGACCUUAGCUGCUUUCUGUGCUUUCCAACCUCCCUUAUCCAGGUCACGGUGGGGCAAAGCAAAUGUGUCCGAACAAGCAGCUGGGGACAGCAGCAAGGCAGCAGCGUCUUCUCUGAUGGCAGCGCUGUCAGCACGCUGCUGAGUCGCAGCUCGGGUGCCACCCGCCUCCCUCUGCAUUAUGCUGAGCCAGGUUCAGGUGCCCCCGAUGUUGGGGCAAUGCACAGCUGGGUUUUUGUAGGGAAGCGGGUUACCUAAGCCAGGCUGUGCACGCAGAGGAGGAAGGCCAACCAAGGCUUCAAAGUUCACCAUGAGUUCAAGUAAACUGCCAGUAACCGGGAGGUGUGGGCUUACAGAUGGCAUGCCAUGGGGUGAUGGUGCUGACUGUGUGUAUUUUGGCCACCAGUGAGCUUGUAAAGAAGAUAGGAAAAAUCCUGGCAUUUGUCUUUAAAUAAUCCAUUAUUACAGAGGAAAUUCCCAAUUUUCUGGAGUGUGAUGGCACUCUAGAUCCCUCGCAGGAGGAAGGCAGACAAACAUGGAAGGUAAAAUGGAUUACUGCAGCAGAAAAGGAGGUAUCUUAGCUUCCACAACAAAACAAUUUUCAUUCCUCUUUUUUUUUUUUUUUUGAAGCUGUAUAUUAAGGUGUUUGUAGAAAAAUUGCCAAAGCAGACAAUUAGAAGCAAAAUUCCCUCUCUGAACAUCUGCAGACUGCUCCUUUAAACAGGAGCCAAGUGAGAUCCAGGGUCACGUAUCUGAAUCCUAAAAGACAGACACACAGCACAACUGGCCAACCAGCACAGAGAUCCUUUAGAUUAAAAUAAAAAGAUUUAAAAUAAUGCUAAUCAGGUGUUUUUAUACAGUUCAUAACAAAGGAAAAUGUGCAAGCCCAUUUUUCUUUCUCCUUUUGAAGUACACAUCAAUAUCCUAUAGAAGUGUGUACCCUUACAUGCCAGCCGACCCUGCUCCUACAGCUCCACGCUGCCCCAAGGUGUUGGGGUUUGGCUGCCCCCUCCACAUCUGCCCACAACAGGCACAAGUAACAAUCACACAUCCCCUCGGAUCCCGACAGCAAAACUUUGUGUAUUUUUACUCAGAAAAUGAAGGUAAAAGUAAGGCUCUUGCUCUGUACAUAACUAAAAUCCUCAGCGUUUAGGUGAAGUGUGGGUGGAAGCCUAUGCAGAACAAGAAUGGUAUGGAGAAAAUAAAGUCAUGUUUGUUCUUAGAGACAAAUUUUAGCCAAAACCAGUUCAUGAGUUUUGUGAGCCUCGGCCUAGCAUCUCCAUGUGCAAGUGGGUGACAACACAUGCAAGUCAGCCAGCUAACCAGGCAUCUAAUCAUGCAUAUAAGUGCUGGCUUGCGUGUGUAGGUGUUUUGCAGCCUAAAGUUCAGAGUUUCAGAAUUGGGAGUGUUGUAUCCACCUGCGUUGUGCUAACCACAAUGUUCAGUGUUGAACUGUACAACCACACAUUCUUGCGCAGGUAUAAGCGGUUGCAGAUUCAGUUUGUGCUCCACUGUUUCCUAAAUGGAUAUGAUGGUCAUAAUUUUCAGACAUCAUAGACUGAAAGACAAAUGGAGAAAAUGUAUGCCUUCUGGAUAAAGGGGAAUUUUGAAAGGGGAGUCUAGAAAUAAGCAUUUGGAAGUAUAGAAAAUGAAAACCAAUUGCUAAAAGAUUGUUUCUGAUUUGUUCCUUGUAGCCAAAUCUUUUGUUCCUUGUAGCCAAAUCUUGCCUCCCUUAUUCUUGUUGUAUUUGUACCUUAUUCUGUACGUGGCUCUGGCGCAACCCAGGGCCAGCUCAGAGCAGGGUCCUCCUUGUGUCACAGCGGUGGAGUCUGGGCAUUAGGUGAUGACGUGUGCAAGGGGUUUACUUGGGCAGUAUUAAAUGAAUCUGUCAAAAUACGAACCAUGAUCUAGCACUUUGUUUACAGGCUCCAUAUUCAUGUUUACAAUGAUUUCUGAGGCUCACGCUUUUUACGUUUCCUGUAUGAAAAGGGCAGCCGGUGUACAGAUAUUUAUUAUGUUUACCAGCGUUUCCGAAUAGAUUUUUUUUAUAGUACAUGGUUUUAUGAAGUGUAAUAUUUUUAUAGCAGAACGACGAUCUUUGGACUUUCUAUAUUGUUACAUAUGACUGUUUGCAAAUAAGCUCUUUGCUCCCCUUUCUCUGUGCACUGUGUCCCGUGUUGCUGCUGCUACUGCUGCUGGCCUCAGCUGCUGCUGCCCCGCGGUGCUGUGGGCUGACGGUGUUGUGAAACUGUGCGAGCUGACUGCCAGGAGCUGUGACUGUGCUGAAGGGCUGGCUGCCUGCUGGGAUCCCAGCAGGAGGAUGGGGAGCUGUGCUGUACCAGGGCAAGGGCUGGCUGCGGGUGGCCUCGAGGGGAAGCCUCAGUGCUCACCUUUGUCUGUACUGUACCGUUCUGGCUUGGCAUGCCCGUCCUUUCCUUUCUUU